GCCCCAACUCUCAUCCUCACAUCUCUCUCUCUCUCUCUCUCUCUCUCUCUCUCUCUCUCUCUCUAUUGCAGUCGGCGGCAUCAAAGUCUGCUUCUCUCUGGGAUUGCAACUCUGAGUGUGCGCCUUACUUCAAUGAAGCCCACGCCACGCCUCGCCUUGCACCUUGCACCCAGGCCCUAGGAGACCUUGGCGCCUAGGUAGCUCUUGAUUGUCUUUCCGUUGAAUAUCGGGGAGGGGUUCAACAUUAGAUGGCUUUAUGACAACAGUUUGCAAAUCAGCAAGGAAAUAUGGAAAUUAACAGCAGCCACAACAGUAGCAUUAUGUGGUUUUUCAAGGACAGAGGGUUUGAUGAUAAAAGUAUUCAUCAAAUGUUCAAAAAGUGCAAGCGCCUCGAUGGUGUGCAAAGAGAAAGAGCCUACGAAAACUGGGAUUACUUGAGAAGCAUCGGCAUUCAAGAUAGAAAGCUUCCUUCUGUUGUUGCAAAGUGCCCCAAAAUCCUUACUCUUCAUUUGGAUGAGAAGCUUAUCCCCAUGGUUCAGUGCCUUGUUACAUUGGAAACCAAACCCGGCGAGGUUGCUUCUGCUAUUACCAAAUUUCCUCACAUACUUUCCCACAGUGUGGAAGAGAAGCUUUGUCCACUCCUUGCUUUCUUUCAAGCUCUUGGGGUGCCUGAAAAGCAACUUGGUAAGAUGCUACUGUUCAAUCCGAGAAUCAUUAGCUACAGCAUUGAAUCAAAGCUUUCACAGAUUGUGGAUUUUCUUGCGAGUCUUGGCCUGACUGAAGAAGGGAUGAUUGGGAAGGUUUUGGUGAAAAAUCCUUUCAUUAUGGGUUAUAGUGUUGAAAAAAGGCUACAGCCCACUUUGGAAUUUCUAAAAUCGAUAGGCCUGACAAAACUGGAUCUUCAAAGAGUCACAGUUAACUUUCCUGAAGUUGUGUGUAGAGAUGUGAACAAGAUUCUGAGACCUAAUUUUACUUACCUAAAGGGAUGCGGGUUUGAAGGUGGACAGAUAGCAGCUUUGGUGACUGGUUAUCCCCCUAUUCUGAUCAAGAGUAUCAAUAAUUCUUUAGAACCGAGGAUCAGGUUUUUGGUAGAGGUAAUGGGGAGACGACUUGAAGAAGUCACUGAUUAUCCUGAUUUUUUCCGGCAUGGUUUCAAGAAGAGGUUGCAGUUAAGGCAAAAGCUUUUGAAACAAAAGAAUAUAUAUUGUAGCCUGAGUGAAAUGCUAGACUGUAAUCAAAAAAAGUUCCUAUUGAAGUUUGGUUUAAUUGAAUAAUUUGUUUCGAGUACUAUCUGCACACCCUUCCCUUUUUUUUUUCUUUUUUUUUUUUAGCAUAGUUUGAUCAUGCAGUGAGCAUCUUUCAUUUGUAUUUAACUUCUGUAAUCAUCUCUUGAUAGACCAUUGAGGAUAAAGCUUUGUGUUUCACGACUGACUCAUGUAGGUGAAUUAAAGUACUGAGGCAUGCAAAGUUUUAAUGCUCUCACCCAA